AUGCCUCUACCCCAAUUGCUUGUUGGCAAAGUGGCCGCCAUCACUGGUGGUCUCACCGGCAUUGGACGAGCAAUUGCCCUCGAGUACAUCCGACACGGCGCAAAGGUCGCAAUUAGCCACCUAGGUGGACCGAAGGAAGACGACCUGCUAGAAGCUAUGAAAAAAGAUGUGAACGAGAUCGAAGAAGGCGCAGCCAAGACCCGGUUUAUCACAGUUUCGGGUGAUAUCUCUCAACCCGAGACAGGGAAGAACUUCGUUGCGCAGACCGUCGAGGCGUUCGGACGACUAGACGUGUUUGUGAGCAAUGCGGGGGUUUGUCAAUUUGCGGAAUUUCUUGAACUCGAGCCUUCUCUCCUAAAUCACACCAUCUCAACCAACCUUUCAGGGGCCUUCUUCGCGACACAAGCCGCUGCCCGACAAAUGGCAUUAGUUCAGUCUCCGCCUGGUGGUUCGAUUAUUGGUAUCAGUUCAAUCUCAGCGCUGGUCGGCGGUGGUGAACAGACACAUUAUACACCUACUAAGGCCGGUGUUCUCAGUUUGAUGCAGUCGUGUGCAGUGGCAUUAGGCAAAUACGGGAUUCGAUGCAAUGCCUUGCUGCCGGGGACCAUUCGUACACAGCUGAAUGAUGCGGAUAUGGCUGAUCCGGAGAAGAGAAAAUAUAUGGAAGGACGUAUUCCGUUGGGCAGAUUGGGUCAGCCACCGGAUUUGGCUGGACCCGCGGUUUUCUUGGCUUGUGAUGAGUUGAGUAGUUAUGUGACUGGCGCGCAGCUUUUAGUUGAUGGUGGACUCUUUGUUAAUUUACAGUAA